CAGCUCCCAACAGAAUCAGUCGGCAACUCGCCAACGAAGAGUCAACGCCGUAAGGAGUCUCUUCUGGGCCCAUUCAAAUUUAUUAAUUUUGAAAUUCGCGAGUGAUACAUUUAAAGGACACAAUGAAGAAUAGUGUUUACUUGGUGUUUUGUCUUGGAAUUUUUUCCGCUUCGUAUCGAGCAUAUGGGAUGCCUUCUCCAGAUGAUGAUUACAAUAAUGAUGAUAUUAUAAAUGAUGAUCUAGUGGAUGAUUAUGACGAUGAACCAAAAAUGGUGUCCAGAAAUGAGAAUUACACUGUUGCAGUUGGUGCAACAGUUUCAUUACCUUGUAAGAUCGAAGGAGAGGAUCCAGUAGUACAAUGGACUUAUAGUGAUAGUAAAAGGGAAAAGAAACCUGUACGGCUUUUUUUCGGCACACACAGGCAAGAGGCGGACCAUCGCAUAUAUUUGUCAGCUGAUUUUACAUUGACAAUAUCCAAUGCCAAUCUGAAAGAUUCUGGUCAAUACAAAUGUAUCCUGGGGUUUAAAAAUGUUACAGAAAAUGAAUUAAACUCAGUGAUGUACUACGUAAGAGUCGGAGCACCCACCCCGAAGAUUGCUGCAAUGAGACCGGCCAAUUCGCAAACUCUAAUGAUAGGACAGCCUAUGACUUUUAUGUGUGAAGGCCAAGGGAAACAUAAACUGGACGUUUACUGGUUGAGAGAAUUGAAAUAUUUAAACCGUAAUGAAACGAUUAACAGCAGAGAAAUUAAAUAUGACAAGGUUAAACCUGAACACGCUGGUCGUUACACAUGUGUAGUCAAGAAUCGAGAUGGUAAAGACAUGAAGACUGUUGACUUAAUAGUCCUUGCACCUCCUGUAAUGAGUGCUGAGCGCAGAGUUGUUACAACGUCAGAAAACUUUGAAUCUGAACUUAAAUGCAUUUCUGCACCGAACAAUGAAAAAAUAGAGGUAACUUGGUACAGAGAUGGGCAACAAAUCAUUCCUAACGAUAAGAACUAUUUUGUCAAUGUAAAUGGAGAUGAUAAAUCAGUAAAACAGUACACUUUGAGAAUCAUUCCAACAAAAAAGAACGACUUAGGUACAUAUGAAUGUACAGGAGUUAAUAAGUACGGAAGAAAUUCUUCUGUGAUAAUGCUCAUAGAUGAGCCUUUGCCCCCUGUCUUAUUAAGUGGAAAUCCAAGUGGAGAUAAUGGUUAUGUUUUGACUUACAUGUCUGAAAGCCAAAUUAAAUUUCUUAAUUAUGAAAUGGCAUAUAAAAGACAGCAGGAUGAUGAUUGGAUAUAUGAAAAAAAUGCCUUAGGCAGUAAUGAAAAUGUUUUGGAAUUUUCCCAUACUUUUAAAGAUCUAUCACCUCAUACAUACGAGGCAAAGGUGCGAGUGAACAACUUAAAUGGAUGGUCUUUGUGGUCUGAAGUAACUCAUUUUUCAGGGCAAUCUACUAUGGCCAAAGAAAAAGAAGUUGAAGUCAUGCAAUCUAAAUUACUAGAACUCAACACCGGUCACAAUCCGGCAUCCUCAAUAAACAUAAGAAAAUCUUAUUUCCCUGUGGUAAUCUUACUUAUUUUUUUCUUCCUUAACUAAAAAAGAAACUGAAGACUAUUACAGUGCUUGAAGGUUGAGGAAAUUCUAAGCUCCAAAGAGCAUAGAUUAAUGGAAGGUGAGCUUAUCCUGUUUUUCCUUGUGCUUAAAAUCAGCCAAUAACUAUUUUUCAAUUAUAAACAUUUGUUUUUCUGUUUUUGUUUUUAUUACAAAAAAAAGUCGAUGAUAACAUGAAUAUUCAUUUAGAAUAAUAAAUUUCACUUGUAAUGUUUUCAAACCAUAAACUCAGCCUUCAAGGUGAACUUUAUCGUGAUAAAAAAAUUAAUUAAUUAAAAAAACAAGAAAAACAGAGGCAUGCCAAAAAAAAAAAAAAACUCGAUCCAUUAAAUUGAAAUUUCUAGUGAUGAAGUUGUCAAUUGGCAAAAUAUUUUAAGCUUCUUAAUAUUACUCCUUAAUUGAGGAAACUAGUCGUUUUUAUUUUUGAUCAGUAAAUAAUGGCUGAAGUAAAGAUCAACUUAUAAUAGUGCAUUAAUUUAUUUAUAUUGGCAACUCUAUCACUAUAAAUAUAAAAACCAAGAGCAAAUGUUUUAUUACCUUUUAAAAUUUAAAACAUGGUGUAUUUAAUGACAAGCAGUUUCAAAAUCCAUAAGUCAGAGCUAGUUAUUAUAAAGUUUAUUGUAAAAUUGUAUUUAAAUAUGUAAUUAUGGAAUUGUAAAAAAAAAGUAUAAUGUUAUAAUUAAGGAAUAAUUUUCAUAGCAUUUAAAAUAUGCACA